CUGCUGUUUCCUCCUCCUCCUCCUCCUCCUGGCGCAAGAACGUGCUUUGCCAUGGCUUUCGCGACCCGUCCUUUCGUGCGUCUGGCUUCCACCGCAGCCGCCAAGAAGCUGGUGAUCAAGCAUGUGACAGUGGUCGGAGCCGGCCUGAUGGGCUCCGGGAUCGCCCAGGUUGCUGCAGCAACUGGCCACACAGUGGUAUUAGUGGACCAGUCAGAUGAAAUAUUAAAUAAAUCCAAGAAACAAAUUGAAGAUAGUCUGAAGAAACUAUCAAAGAAAAAGUUUGCGGACAAACCUGAGGCUGGUGUAGAAUUUGUUGAGAAGGCCUUAAAGAAUAUAACCGUGAACACGGAUCCUGUCUCUGUGGUCCACAGCACUGAUCUUGUAGUGGAGGCCAUUUUGGAACACUUAGCCCCCAAAAUUGAGCUCUUCAAGACACUGGAUACGUUUGCAGCAGAGCACACGAUAUUUGCUAGCAACACUUCCUCUUUGCCAGUCACGGACUUAGCAAAUGCUACCACCCGGCAGGAUCAGUUUGGGGGUUUACAUUUUUUUAACCCGGUACCUCUGAUGAAGCUUGUAGAGGUUAUCAAGACGCCGAUGACGAGCCAGAAGACUUUUGAGUCCCUCAUGGAUUUCAGCAGAGCAGUCGGGAAAAAUCCAAUAUCUUGCAAGGACACUCCUGGCUUUGUUGUGAAUCGACUUCUUGUGCCUUACCUGAUGGAAGCAGUUCGGCUUUUUGAAAGGGGAGAUGCAUCAAAGGAAGAUAUUGAUGUUGCCAUGAAACUUGGGGCAAGUUAUCCUAUGGGCCCAUUUGAACUCUUAGACUAUGUUGGCUUAGAUACCAGUAAAUUCAUUAUGGAUGGGUGGCAUGCAUUGGAACCGGACAAUCCUCUCUUUGCUCCAAGCCAACUUCUAAAUCAGUUGGUAGAGGAGAAGAAACUUGGAAGGAAGACUGGCGAAGGAUUUUACAAAUACAAAUGAACUUUCCAACGUGCCAUGUUUUUCUGACACGUGUAAGGAAAGCUGCUGAGUAUUUCCAUACAGUAUUUGUAAUACUGCUUAAUCAGGGCCAUAAGAACUAGUCAGUGCUGUAUCUUGAUUAUAAAGGCUGAGCAAUUUAUUUCCACAAUGUGGUCUUAUAUUUUUAAGUCACUGGGAUUUAUUGGGAGCUUUACACAUUGAAGUGCCUUUUUUGAAACUACCACGGAUCCAAAUACACCUCAGGUUUGUAAUCCUCCAUCCAGCUAGUAGAAAUUUUAAUAUGAAUAAAAUACUUCAAAUAUAUAGUUGCUUUGAUUUCCCCCCCAGUAGAUGGCAGUGUGAAAGCAGAGUAUGAAUUAACAUUUUCCAUUUCAGCCAAUAGCACUUUAUUAUACUCAUUUAGAUUAGGAUACAGCUAGAUUCAGCAUAUAUACCAUAUAUUCUCCCCCUCCUUUUAUGCCUUUGCAUAUCAAUAAAUUUGCAUGUCUGUGUCUUCCUACCUUAAAAUGUAGGAAGUGUUGUGAUAUUGAAAAUCAAUAUGAUGCAGUGGUUAAGUCAUUGAGCUAGCAACAGGAAAUACCAAGUUGUAUCUAUCUGUAGCGAUGGAAAAUCGCUCACAGGGUUUUGGGAUGAGUAGAAAGGAAAGAUGGAAAGCUAUUUUUGCCACUUGAACUUAUGGAGAAAAAUUCAGGUUAUAAAUCUAAUUAAUAAUGUUCUGUAAUAGGACAGAACAAUAGCAUUGCCCUUAAUGAUUGAGAACCUGCCUUCAGUUCCUUGUUCUGAUGUGCUCAUCAGAAUCCUUGGAGUGUCUUAAUGAGGAUUUAAAUUAGGAAAAUCUUGACUUAAAUAAAAAAUAAGACAUGAUGCUAAAUACUAA